CUCCAUUGUACGCGGUUGAUGAAAAACUAGGAUAAACCGUGAGCACGAGGUGAACCACGGAAAUACGACGCUGACAGUAACUCAUCGCCUAACAAAUUCCAAUAGCAUCAAAUGUCACCAAAACACCGUGUGUUAUUGCGACGUUUGUGUUGUUUUCAUACGUUACGACAAACUAACAUUGAGAAAAAAAAAUUUUAUCCUUAAAUUUUUCGCUCAAUGUGAAACUAGACCAGACGCAUGUGAAUGUGGUACGCGACCACGCGGCUCGUUCUCACAGAAAAUCAUCAAUUGUGAAUUUAGAAGAGAGAAGAGAUGAAAGAAUGCGAGAGUCAGACGAUCAGUGUACAACGGGACUAUAAGAAGUAUCCGACAUGAAGAUUUUAGCAGAGAUAAUUAAAAUUAAUAGACAAGUUACUUUUAAAUCAUGAUUAAAAGAAAUAAAUAUGUUAAUUAAUCCUCUAAUCAUUGGAAAUAAAUUUUGAAUGAUAAUAAAUACGAGUGUUUUAACAAUCGUUAUAAACUAAUGUGUGUUCAAAACCAUUAUUGAUUUUUAAGAACUAUUAUUGUGUUCAUUUAAGCAUUAGAAUUUUAUCACUGUUCAAUUUAAUGCGGAAGUGGCCUGAGUGAUUUAAAAAGUGUGGAGUGAAUAAAAUAAAAUCGUGGUUUCUCAAGUAGAUACUUUAUCACAGUUGUUGAUUGAUUCAUAAAAAUAUUUAAUUAAAUACAAUCAUGACUGACAUUGUAACACAAGAUUUGCACGAAUUACUAAUUUAUUUCUCGAAGAAUACGUACAAGGCCAAAGAUGCUGAUAGCACGGGACAGGUAAUAAUGCAGAAAUGUCUGCUCCUAGCAGACCUUGACUACACUCAUUCAGUAAUAAACAAUGGGACUGGUGAUUUGAGUGCCCACUACCCAAGUCACUUGAUAAUUUUAGAAAACGAGAAGCACAAAAAUCCAAAUGAAACCCCACCACCACUGCCACGGACGACGGAAACCAUUUACGAGAGCUCAUACGAGCCAAAUAAAUUAAAGGAUAUGAUAAAAUCUGCUAGAUUCGCAAGGUGUCGUUCGAGAUUUCCACUGCCAGUGAUACUGUACAAGGGGAGACACAUUUGCAGAUCAGGAACGCUGUCAGGGGGUCCCGAAAUUUAUGGAAGAUCGGGAUUGAAUUAUUUUUUCGCUAGUAAUGAACCCGAAAGUGAACAACAGGAAGACGAGGCCAGAGGAGGCGAGGGGGUGCUCAGUGACUGGCAACUAUUCGAUAGAGUUAGGAGUCAGGAUAUUAAAUUAUUAAAAACACUCAAUGUUGGGAAUAUCAUUGACUUUAUGGUGGAGAAGAAAAAAGUCAAAUUUGGAAUGAAUGUAACAUCGUCGGAGAAGGUUGACAAGGAGAAACGAUACUCCGAGUUCACAAUAAUUUCAUUGCCGUACCCUGGAUGUGAAUUUUUUCGUGAAUUCAGGGAGAAUGAUUAUCAUGCCAAGGGUUUAGUAUUCGAUUGGUCACAGACUCACGUGGAUGCUGAUAUAGGAGUACCCGAGGAUGUCAUAUCGACACAAUUGAAAAUCAAUUGGGAGCAGUAUCAGCAGUGGGACCUAGUCAAAUUGACCCAGAAUUACUUGAAAUUGAUACUGAAGUAUCUUAGUGAAAGCAGCAGUGGGAUGCUGAUUCAUUGUAUUUCAGGAUGGGACAGAACUCCACUAUUUGUCUCCCUUCUUCGCAUAAGCUUAUGGGCAGAUGGAGCCAUCCACACAUCUCUGAACGCUCACCAAAUGUUGUACUUCACAAUUGCCUAUGACUGGCUGCUCUUCGGCCACGACCUCCCGGACAGAUUGAGCAAGGGCGAAGAAAUUUUCUUCUUUUGUUUCUUCUUCCUCAAGCACAUUCUCGAAGAGGAGUACAGUAUCAAUCCAAAGCACCCUCGCAAUAGGCACUCAGUCUUACGGAAUGAUAGUGAUUCCCAGCUAGACAACGUUAUGUUCGAAACUGAAUCAGUGGUAACUCACAGUUCAGUAAGUUCGAACAUAAGUUUGAAUAGCUGGUGCAGUUCCUUGAGCCAGAACAGCCGAGAUAGUCAAGAGAACAAUCCACCGAAUAUUUUCCCGUGUUCUUCCAACGAUGGGCCAGAAGAUUCUAAUACCAAUGGGAAUGUCUUAACAUGGACUUACUACGGGUCCCCUCAAAAAGACACAGUCGCCUCACGCUCGCCCUUAUCCCAGAAUCGCACAUCCCCUGUAGCAGUACCUGUUUCCACCCGUCUUCGUCAACGAAACGAAUCAAUGUCUUCCACUGGCUCGUGGCAAAUGAUAUCAGGGACUGGGAGCCUUCGUGGCUCAACCACCUCGACUAUCAUGACUGAGCACGUGCCCCCUUGUGGGCUUUCAUGCAACAAGUCAAACUGCAGCACUUGCUCGGGGCCAACAUCACAGGACUCAACUACAACGAUUGUUGAAGAUGAAUCUGCUGUUCCUUCAGCACAAACACGAAGAGAGAAACUUUCCGCAUUACGCCAAUUAUUUUACAGCACAUACAAUACAGUUGGCUUUAGAAUGAAAGAGAACUCCGAGUCAAGUGGUUUAGGCCAACUACUUGGUAAUUUUGCUGAAAAAGUGGGCCUGACUGUACAACGCACAUCAUUGUGACCAUAAAUCAUUGAUAAAUACCACCGUUGUUAAUUCACAGUAUUUCCGAUUAAUUUGUUCAAUGAAAGUUUAACGAACACUGGGGAGUGUUAAAAUCGAGUGUAAGUCUAUUAAAUAUUGUGAAUAAGGCACCUUUUUGGUAUAAGUGGACGAGGAAAUAAAAUUCUUGAUAUUUUUGCAUAUAAAAAAA